AAAAUUCUCCUUUUACAAAAACCCCUCUUGCUUCUCUUCGAAAAAACUUCAGCAUCAUGGGAAUUCGUUUGCCUAGUGUUAUUGUUGCCAAGCAAAUUCUGAGGCGAACUGCUCUGACCGGAAAUAAAGUAGCUUCAACAAGUUUGGAUGUACCCAAAGGUUAUCUUGCUGUGUAUGUUGGAGAGGCCGAAAAGAAGAGAUAUGUAGUUCCAGUGUCUUUUUUGAACCAACCUUCAUUUCAAGCUUUGCUAAGUAAAGCCGAGGAAGAGUUUGGCUUUGAUCAUCCAAUGGGUGGUUUGACAAUUCCUUGCAGAGAAGACAUGUUCAUUGAUGUCACAUCUCAUUUGAGUAGGUCAUAAAGGGGAAGGCGCAUAAACUUAACGGCCGUAGACAAUUUUGUAAUGCAGAGAUAUUUUGAAUCCAAUGGAUAACCAGCAUGUCUCUUUGAUCAUGCAAAUGGAUGGCCUCACCUCACAAUCCCAUUCAGAAAAAGAGCUAGAUUCAUCAAUCUCGCCUGAAGUUUUCAAUGGCGUACUAGAGAGAUAAUAGAUAUGUAAAUAGUCUAAAAAAAAAUGAUACACAAUUUUCAGAAUCCAGUGCUUUCAUCUUGGCUCAUUGUAAUUUUAUCUAUAAAGGAAUCAAAU